CAAUUUUACUUCCUGGUUUUGGGAUUUCGUCACCAGUACCCUGUUUUUCAGCCCUAUUUGGCGGGAGUGAAUCGGGAAGAAGCCGUUCUACAUUGACGCGUCGUUCCAUCAUUCGAUCGACAUUAUGCAGUUUCCCAGCAGAAGAAAGAAGUUUGUCAUCAAUCCUCAGGAGGAGCUCUAUGGACUUCCUCUGCAGUUCUAUGGACAACCACCCCUUGAGAACAUCUCUCUCACUGAAUUUGAAACAUUUGCGGUGGAGAGACUGAAAUUGUUGAAGACUGUUGAGAAUUGUGGCGUCAGCUAUGUGAAAUUGUCUGAGCAGUACAUCAAAAAGUUGGAUUCUGAGUUUAAAAACUUGAAUUUUCCUUACAGAGUAGAUUCUAGCGGGCCAAGUGAAUACGAGAAACGAAGAAAGGACCACAUCUCCCACUUCAUUCUAAGACUUGCCUAUUGCCAGACGGAGGAUCUCCGAAGGUGGUUCAUACAGCAGGAAGUGGACCUAAUGCGCUACCGCUUCAAUGACCUAAAUUCCAAACUGAAGCUGGAGUUUCUACACAAAAAUAAUCUGCAAUAUGAUGCGAUUUCUAUCGAGGAGAAGCGAGCUCUGCAAGAUAAACUCGUCAACUCCAGCUACGGCGUUAGUGGAACCACUGUGGAGGAACAAGAUUUCUACAAAGUUCCUUUCCAAGAUGCUUUGGAUCUGGUACGAACAAGAAAAGUCUACCUCAAAUCAGGCUACGUUUACAUCCCUCAGCAGGACAUCGUCACCAUUGUGCUCAACGAUUUUCGCACAGGCUUGUCUAAAGCGCUUGCGCUGACGGCGCGUUCGCUACCGGCGGUGCAUUCUGAUGAACGGCUCCAGCCGCUCCUUAACCACCUCAGCCAUUCCUAUUUGGGACAGGACUACAGCAUCCAGAAGAAUGUUGGUAAAAUCUCCUUGGAGCAAAUUGAUUCACUCUCGGGCAAAUCCUUCCCCCUGUGCAUGAGGCAGCUGCAUCAGUCCUUAAGAGAGAACCACCACCUCCGCCAUGGCGGCCGCAUGCAGUACGGCCUCUUCCUCAAGGGCAUCGGCCUCUCUCUGGAGCAGGCACUGCAGUUCUGGAGGUCGGAAUUCAUCAGAGGCAAAGUAGAUGCGGACAAGUUUGACAAAGCGUACGCUUACAGCAUCCGCCACAUGUUUGGCAAAGAAGGCAAGAGGACGGACUACACCCCCUUUAGCUGCAUGAAAGUGAUUAUGUCAAACCCGCCCAGCCAAGGCGACCAUCAUGGGUGUCCGUUUCGUCACUGUGACCCAGAACUGCUGAAGCAGAAGCUUCAGUCCUACAAGGUAUCCCCCAAUGGAAUCACACAGAUCUUGGACCUGGUAAAAGGGAUGCACUAUCAGCUGGCCUGCCAGAAGUACUUUGAGCUAACUCACAAUGUGGAGGAUGCUAAUUUCUCCCUCAGUCAUCCCAACCAGUACUUUGUGGAGAGCCAGAAGGUUUUAGUGGGAGGUAAAGAUGCCAAGCGUGAGAUGGUGGAUACCUCAAGGUCCCAGGGAAACACCGCAUUUAAAAACUCUGCUGCCGCUCGUGAGAAGGCAGCAGUGACUGCCUUAGACACAAACCCAUCGCAGGAUUUGGACGAGAUGACGGAAGAUGUUGACUUGAACUUUCAAGACGCUUGAUUUGUUUUUGCAUUUAUACAUAGAUAUAUGUCAUAUAUUUUUUUUUGGCAUGACAGGAUCUUAACCUUCCCUCCAAAGUCACAUUGCUAUCCUCAUUAAACAUCUUUUCAAUA